AUGGAGGACACUGAGCUAAUGCGGAUUUGUGCAGUCGGUGGGAAUCCAGUAUCAGCAUUCUUGUCAUGGAGGUUGCAAGCGACUUUCGCGUGCGAUGUUUCCUUGGUAUGGAAGUCAGGCUAUGAACAUGUUGCCCAAUACGGUAUAUCAUUCAAAUCUCAGUCUUUCGGAAACGAGCGGUUUAAACCUCGACGCGUCGUUCGAACUCCCGAAGACGCAGCAAGUCCACGCGAAGGCCCAUUUGACUAUGUCGUCCUGUGUGUCAAAGCGCUACCCGACGUAUACGAUCUCGCAUCCGUCAUCGACUCCGUCGUGACCCCCCAGCACACUUGCAUCCUUGUCAAUACCACACAUACACUGGGCAUCGAGUCUGCCAUCGAGGAGCGUUUCCCGGCAAAUGUCGUGCUUUCGCUUGUAUCUGGUGCUGAGCUGACACAGCUCGGCCCAAGCGAGUUCGAACACAAGGGAUCAACAGACAUGUGGAUUGGACCUGCGAAUAAGAAUAGCGAGAUCCCCCGAGCGAUCCAAGAAGAUAUGGCACAGGCUUUGGUCAUGACUUUGAGAACAGGCCAGGUGGACUCCAAGAUGUCGACCAACAUUCGCCAGGAGCAAUUCGAGCGCGUCAUUGGCCCGGUGGCCUUCCAUCCCGCAAGCGUCAUUUUCGAAACACCCAACCAUGCCCUCCUGUUCGAGAAGGUGGGUGUCAAAGAUAUGGUUCAUGGUGUCUUGGACGAGAUGAUGAGGCUUGCUGAGGCCAAUGGCUGCACCUUUGGACCCGACUUCAGACAGAAGAUCAUCGACGACAUGACCAAGCAAGGCGCUCCGGAGAGCAUCAUGUGGCAAGAUUAUAUCAAUCGCCGGCCAAUGGAGGUCGAGACCUGUCUGGGCUCGCCGAUCAAGCUUGCGAAGGACUCUUCUGUUUCCAUACCGCGAAUCGAGACUCUGUACGCUGUUCUGCACAACCUUAACACCGUCAAUCGCAACCGACCACGAGGUCCCGAUGGCAAUCCGUCCUUGACGCCCUCAUCUCCGGUGGUGCCCUCCCCACACCCCCCUCGCGGUCCAUCACAGCAGGGUCACCGUCCCAUGGGGGGCAUGCCCCCGGGCAAUGGUCCCAUGCCUCCUCGCCAGCCACGCCCCAGGAACUCUUCCGGCUUCAACCAGGGCCCGGGUAUGCGGCGCGGACCGCCCCCCGGGAACGGACCACCACCGAAUGGCUAUGCGCGGCCGCCGUCUCACAUGAACGGGGCCGAACGCGGUUCGCGCGCCCCGUCACGUCGGGGAUCUAUGGAUGGCAACGACCUAGAAGAGUUCUCUCACCUGGUAUUGUACGAUGACAUCCCUGAAGGUCAAGAGCCGUCCAUCGCUGGAGACCACCCCGAAAGGGGCCUUCGAGAUCGCGAGCUCCAGUUGCGACAGCGAGAGAUGACUCUGCGGGAGCGUGAAAUGCGCGGCGGACGUGGUCCUCCUCCCGGGCCCCAGCGCCGCGGCCCUCACCCCAUGCGCAACAGUCAGCAGGUGUUCGACGACGACGACGACGAUGACGACUACAUUGACGACCUGCCAACUGGUAAUCCGACUAUUGAUCCGGACAACUUCGACAUGAUGAGCGUGACGUCGCGCAAGAACCGCAGUAGGCAAGCUCCACCAUCGGCAGCCCAGAUACGACAGAAUCCUGAGCUAGGUGGCCCUCCUGGGGCUGGUGGUAGGUUUCGGCCAAGCUUUGGUCGGAAUCGUUCAAGCCAGCACCCACCAGGCGCACCAGUCAUGGCCGACAAUAUCCUGGACGAUCCCUUGUCUAACUAUGCAUCUAAUCGAUACGGAGCUGUCGACAGAGGAGCGAUGGGAAUGGGGUCAAGAACGAACUCCUUGACUGCAGCUAGAGUCGAUGAGAUGCAUCUCGGCCCAGCACAAGGGGGUCCGCCGAACAUGAAUGGCGCAUACCCCAGGCGAGCUAGUCAGUCUCCCGGGGGAAACUACCCACCGUCAAUGCGUGGCGGUCGCCCUUCGCCGCCUAAUGGCUACGGCGGACCACCGAUGAAUGGGCGCCCCUCGCCACCUGACGGCAUGCGGCAACCUGUUCCACAACAUCCGGCCGGUCGAGGGAACGUAAUGGGCCCUCCUGGAGUUGAGCCGCAAGUAGGGGUGAGCAGCCUCCAUCCACCGAAACAACGAAAUGUACGAAGUCUGACGGGCAGUGCGAGCGCUAGCAUGGGCAGUGGUGAAGCUGAAUCAGAGCAGUCAGCGCAUAGCAGCCAAAGCAGUUUUCAGCAGCAGCAGCCCCCGACGGGCCCUCGAUGA